AUUGUAAAUAAUUAGUGAGUUUUAGACGUGCAGGAAGAUGUUUGUCAUACUGUUUCCAGUACUUGUGCUCUACUAGGAUGACCGGCUGUGAAUAUGUAGUUUAGUUAGUACUUAAAUUAGGAAAAACAUCAUCACAUAUUCUGCCUUGUUUUGAAGCUGCAGCUCUGUGCAGAGCUGUGAUGGCAGAGUCUCGGAGAGUUCAGUUGACCACGCUGUCCUGUGAUGUCGCUCCGGCCGAACACAACAAGUCUCCGCGAGGUGUCGAGCAGGAGGAAGAGAGGAGUCCGGACGGACCUGCAGACACGGACACAGUCCGACUGUUGCUCACGUUGUUCGAGGCGGACGAGAGAAGCUUUCCGGAGUUCAACUACAGUCAGCUCGUUGACAGCAAGAUCAACCACAAAAAAGGUGAAGUCCCACUGAGCAGAUUUGACCAGGAAGAAAAGCGAGCGAACGACGAGGUCGCUGCUCGUUCGUGGGAGUUGGAGAAAAAAUAUGGUGGCAAACCUAAGAAGAAGGAUCGCAUUCAGGACUUGAUCGAUAUCGGGUUCGGUUACGAUGACGAGGAUUCUUUCAUCGACAACACCGAGGCUUACGACGAGUUCGUGCCGUCCUCCAUCACCACCAAGUUUGGUGGAUUCUAUGUAAAUUCGGGCGUUCUGCACUUCCGCCAGGCUUCUGAGACGGAGGACCUCACGGCCGAAGAGAAAACACUGGAGCACUCAAAAAAACGUAAAGCCAAAGGUGGACAGGAUAAGCCAAAGAAGAAAAGCAGCGUGGAUCCUAACUCGAGCACUCUGUCUGAACUUGGAUCGGAUGACAAGAUGAAGAAGAAGAAGAAGAAGAAAAAGGCUGCCGGCACAUUGAGCGUCACCAGCAUGUUGAAAAAGUUUCAAAGGGAGAAGGAGAAGGAGCGACAGAAGAUGGAGAAAGGAAAUCGGAAGAGCGCCGCAACCGUGGCAGCAGUCGCACUCCCCCCGUACCCGGCAGAUGCAGGCGGGGGCGGAGGUUCAGGGUUGACUGACCCCCUCCUCAGUUUAAUUGGAUCCACCAAUGACCACACUCUUAUCCAAGCGGUCAACGCAGUGGAUUUUGAUAUUGAUUUAGACUCUUUAUUAGAUGUCAGCGAAGCAGCUUCGUCACCAAAAGUAAUGGAGACGCAGCUUUUCAGACCCAGAGCAGAUGAUCUGACCGCGUGUGACGCUGCUCGCUCUGAAGUUCAACCUCCAAACACGGAGACCAGCAUGCAGCUGAAGCCUCAUUCAGAGCAAAUCCAGCUCCUGCCACAAACCAGUUCUCCCUCCCCUUAUCAGUGCGUCCCGCUGCCGGAGGGACUUCCUCCAAGACUGGAAGACAGCGUUCGAAAGCUCACGGUGGUUGCAAAGACCUCCGAGGGAGAAUCAAAACUCAAGUCCUUCACUCCAGAAAUCAACUCCAUACUGCUGGAUAUUGAGCUGCAGUGUCGGGAGCUGGGUGUCCAGUUGCGCUCCAAGGUGUACACGCACCUGUCGUCUUUCCUGCCCUGCAGCAGAGACACGCUCCUCAAGCGCGUAAAGAAACUGUUUCUCGCGCACAUGAAGGAACCCCCUGAUGUGGAGGGUCCCAUGCAAAAACUUAAGGAGGCCAUCAGCAGAGCUAUGCCCGAACAGAUUGCAUGUUUCCAUGAACACUGUCAACUAUACGAGCAAGUCAAGGCUUCAAAGGCAACGGACGAGGAGAAGCUGAGCGUUGGUCCAGAGGACAAUGUGGAGGAGAAAGGUGGGAAGAGAGGAGGUCCAAAGAAGGUGUUCAAAUGGAACGAAGAGAUCAGGGAGAGCUUAGGUCGUGUGUUAAAUGUGAAAAUGGACGGAUAUAAAAAAGAAAAGGGGAGUCAGGAGGUGGAGGAGUUCCUGAAGACCUUGUUGGACAAUGAGGUCAAACCGCUUUGGCCGAAGGGGUGGAUGCAAUCCAGGGUGCUGAUGAGGGAGAGCAGGAAAAUGUUGAGCCUCUUUACUCCAUUCUCAGUAAAGAAGGCCAGGCCUGAGAAAAAGCAGAUCUCUCUCAGUGGUCCUCCCGCUACGUCAGACGUCUGCAGCGUCCUCCAGGCGUCCCCGCGCCUGACUGAAUCGGACGAUGUCAUUAUAUCCAAUUCUAUGGGUACUGAGAUUAAGGAAGCUGCCUUGAGAAAGGUGGAGGGUCAAACGGGAGGGUUAGCAUUGGAUGCUUGUUCCUCUACACCUGCGGAGGCGGCCAAACCUCCGGUCAACUCCACGUCUGCUCCAUCUCAGUCGCUUCUGGAUCUCCUGGCCGAUCAAGCGCUGGCUCGAGAGCAGACUCGCUCAGUUUCCCAGGAGCUCCUCGCAGCAGCUGUUGCAAAAUACAAACGUUCGGUUCAGCUCUGGAGCUUUGGGUUGGACGGCAAAAGUCCUCCUUUUCCUCCUCCGCCUCCUCAGUCCAGCCCCGUUAACUUCCCACACACUGGUGGUGUUCUGUCCCAGCUGCUGCAGAUUGGACACCACAUGGGUGCUGGACAUGUCCAGAUCAUCUCUGAUGAUGAUGAUGACACUACUAUGCUAUGACAACUCCUGGUGCAGAUUUACACACAAUGUGAGCAGCUUCCUUGGAGACUGCACAAGUGAUGGGAUUCUAACAAACACUGAGGAGUUACGACAACAAACUGCUGUUGAACGGAGACACGCAGCUGAUAUUAAUAAGACUUCGUCUAUAGUUGUGGUUCUCUGCUGAAGAUGUGCCGUCAGCUGAGAUGGACGCAUCUUCAGGGAUACUUGUGGUUUAUUUUCCUGCAUGUGGCAAUGAGCCUUUAACUUGUAUGUGAAAGGCUUUGUUUAAAAUGUGAGUGAAUAAAUAAUUAAGAGCUUA